AUGCCCGUCCACCCCUCCCUCGAAGAAACAACCUUCACCACCGACCUAGCAGAUCGCCACCUCUUGUACGACUACGGAGGCACCGACGCAGCCGGCAACCCCGAGAAAUGGCGAUAUGAGAUGUGGUUCGAGAACGAAGACCGAAUCAACUAUGCCAUCCAUGGCGGGCCCAUGGCCGGCCGCGUGAACUUCCAAGAAGCUCACUACCAAUGCAUCCGACCCGGUGAGCUGUGGCAGUGUAACUGGCUCGAGGAGACGGGGACGAUUGUUUCCCUGGUUUACGACAUUCCUCGCAAGAAGAUAUCGACGCUGCUUGCGUUUUCGAAGGGUCAUUGGGAGAAUGCGCAGGAUGCGCAUGGGGACAAGCGUGUGCAAUCCGAUAUGGAGAGGUGGAGGGGUUUGGCGAGAAUUGGUAUCCAGACGGAUAGGAUGCUUUUGAGUGCGCAGGCGGAUAUUUUGGAGGAUUUCCGGGGGAAGGGCAAGUUGGUGCCGGUUGAUAUGAGUUUGCCAACUUUGUAG